AAUGAUGAUGCAAUUAAGUAAUUUUCACAGGCAACCUCAAAGUCUUGAAAUAAGAGCGCACGUACAAGACGACGAAGUCAGCGCGUAUGCUGUCUGACUACAACGCGGCGUAUUCGGAACACGGCGAAACACGGUAGACGCAAGGGACGCUUACGCUGGAGCGCGUUUUUACGGCUUUACCGUCGCGCCACUUUUCUGGAAAAUACAAAUCCCACAAAGCGAGCGGGGGCGGGGGCGGGAGAGGGCGCGCGACAACGUUUCCGGCUUGUGCCGGAGCCGCAGCAGCGACACGCGCAGCCCUCCGCGCGAAAUUAAAGUGCUGGUGGUGCGCGCGCCGCCCUUCUCUGUCAGCGCGAAGCAGCAGUUCAGUUCCUCCGGACGCCCGCUGCUGACUUCCCUCUCUCUCUCUCUCUCUCUCUCUCUCUCUCUCUCUCUCUGUUCGUCAGUCACAGUCAGUGUCCUGCUGCUGCUGCGCUGCGAGCGCCGGUGUCACCGGUGUGACGAUGGAGAGCAACAAGCGCUGCUUCGAGAACCGUUACGCGGACUACAGCGGCUCGCUGCUGGCGGGACAGGGCAACGAGGCCGUCGUGCCCGUGGUGGUCGCCACCGUGGAGAGGAUCCUGAAGAAGGUGCCGCUGGACGCCGCGGAGUGCGACGGCGGCCUCUACGACGGCCCGGCAGGGGUGGCAUACGCGCUGUACUACGUGUCCGAGUGCCCCCUGUUCGCCGCGCGCCGGGACGCGUACCUGAAGCGCGCGAAGCACAUCAUCGACGUGUCCGUGAAGUGCGUGGACGCGGAGCAGGACAAGAACUUGCGGGUGGCCUUCCUGCUCGGCGGCGCCGGCAUCUACGCCGUGGCCGCCAUGGUGUACAAAGCCAUGGGCUUGUCGGACUUCGUGAAGCCCCUCACCAAAUUCCGCAACCUGUGGGAGGUGUGCGCGCCCAUCCACUUCCUCGAGUGCGGCUCGGACGAGCUCUUCGUGGGCAGGGCGGGCUACCUGUGCGCGGCCCUCGUGCUCAAGCAGAGGCUGGGGAUAGAGAUACUGAGUACGGAGCAAAUAAAAGCAAUCUGCCAGGCGAUAAUAGAGUCUGGUAAACAGUACGCAAGGAAGAAAAGAAAACCCUUUCCACUCAUGUAUUCCUAUUAUGGCACAGAAUAUUUGGGUGCAGCGCACGGACUGUCUUCCAUCCUGCAGAUGGCGCUCUCCUACCAGGAUGUUCUGUCUCCCGGGGAGCGAGAGCUGGUGUGGCAAAGCGUGGAUUUCCUCAUGAACCAAGAGCAGAACUGCAACUGGCCCGCAGAGCUGGGGACCAUGAUUGAGCGGGAGAACGAGUUGGUGCACUGGUGCCACGGUGCUCCAGGUGUGGCGUAUCUGUUUGCCAAAGCCUACCUGAUCAACAAGAGGCCGCAGUACCUGGACACGUGCAUCCGCUGUGCCGAGCUGGUGUGGCAGAAGGGGCUGCUGAAGAAAGGACCCGGGAUCUGUCACGGAGUGGCAGGAAGCGCCUACGUUUUCCUGCUCCUCUACCGCCUCACUGGGAAUUCAAAGUACAUCUACCGCGCACAGAGGUUUGCUGAGUUCCUGUUCACCGAAGAGUUCAAGGCUGGGUCCAGCUCGGUGAACCGCAUCUACAGCCUGUUCGAGGGACUCUCGGGCACUGUCUGCUUUCUGGUGGACCUGCUGCAACCUGACAAGUCAGAGUUCCCUCUCUUCAGCGUCUUCACCUAGAUCCGUACGCACACGGUCGGGGGGGGGCUGGCGGUUUUCCUCCCACACGUCAUCAUCUUUAUUAAGCUCAAGUUCACAACUGACCGGGGGCUUUUCAACUACGGUUCUGGGGUCCGGAGCCAAAAGACCCUCUCUCAGCCUGGCAGCGGCCCUCUUGAUUCGCCCUUCCGUCUCGGAUUAAACGACAUCAAUAAAAAUAAUUUCUGUCUCUUUCAGACUCGAAGGAGUUUGACAACCUGCUGGCUCUCCAGAACAGUAGUUGGAAAACCUCAUUUCAAACAUUUUUGUGUUAUUUCGCCGUGUUUAGUGGCUGCAGUUGUUUGACAUUGCUACGGUGAAGAAGCUCGAUUGUAAGCAACAGUUUAUCCUCACAUGACCUGACUAAUCGGGGGGUGUGGGAAAGCGAUUGACCGGUCGUUCUAAUAAAUCAUGUACGUGAUUUUUUUUGUAUCGUUUGGGUAUGACAGUAAUCUUGUCAUACAUAAAUAAAUUGUAUGUACUCAUGAGGAAAAUGAGUAAUGAUCACGAUGCCAUGUUGGAGAAUGGCAUUAUUUUAUUAUAUUUUAUUUAUAUUAUAGGAGGGUGCGGUGGCGGAGU